UAACCUUUUAAAUAUACUGUAUAGUCGCAUUUCUGGACGAGGCGCGUGUAUUUUCAGUAUUAUUUGCUUGUAUAGGCACAAAGCUCGGCACAUGCCAGUCAAUAAAUCACUCGGGAAAUGCUCAAGAUUGCUGAUGCUUUCGUUUGAGGUUUGAUUUGAUGGCAUGGAGGUUUAAAGUCAUGAUUGUUUAUUAUUAAAUGUCAGACAUUUGAUUUAUCACACAAACAAAAGAGAGAAAUUAAUGUUUUAGGUCAUACACAACACUAUAUUCGUGAUGAAUAAGAAACAAGAGGACAUAAAUAUGCCUGAUUAUAUGUAGAUAAACAUGAAUCUGAUGUUUAGGAACAGUUAAUGACAUGUUCAGUCAGUUCUUGGUUUACUACAGUACCAUAAACAGAGACCAUAUGCCACGAGCUCUUCAGUCUGAUAAAACACCAUAUGGCCCAGGCGUCGCGUUUAGUCCUGUCACAAGCCGAUUAACCUGUUGAAUAAACCAGUCGCUUUUCUGUCCUAGUACUCGAGUUAUUUCCCUUUUGAGCUCCAUUGACAGGCUUUAACGGUAGACAGACAUAGUGACCGUUAUUUAGCUGAACAACUGAGGUAAAGUUGGUUUUAUAUUCCCACAUUCGUUCAGUGACAACUCGUUCCCACACGCUACUUUGAGUAUUCAGUCUGAAAUCGCAUGUCAUGGGCACGAGCUCGUGCUAUGGCUAGAGGACUCGGGUGAGGAUGGAGCAGAAGUGCAGUGCCAUGGAGGAUGUCCAGUCCAGACCACAUUCAGCCCACUCCCUUUACUCGCAGCGGACUGAGGAUGCCACCUCUGCGUUGGGGAAUCAUGCUGAACACCACCUCACUGUCAGUCAGACAGUCCUGGUGGUUCCAAAGCGUCCAGAGAGUCCCAAUCCCAGUAUGACAGAAGAGACCAUCUAUGUCCCUCGACCAGUGUCGGCGGUUGAUGCUUGCACCAACACAGACCCUCCGUAUGAAUGCUGCCCAUGGCUGCGCAGACUAUGCCCGUGUCCACCCAGAGGCAUGCUGGCUGCCAUUAUCACCAAAGUGACCAUGGCCGCAGUGCUCUUUGGAGUGGUCUGGUCCAUCACAGAGAAGGAAUGUCUUCCAGGCGGGAACCUUUUCGGAAUUGUGACCUUGUUUAUUUGUUCAGUGGCCGGAGGAAAACUGUUUGGACGCAUACGUUUACCAAGACUGCCACCUGUACCUCCUCUGCUCGGCAUGCUGCUGGCAGGCUUUAUCCUCAGAAACAUCCCUGUGGUUACAGAUGCGGUGUACAUUGAUGUUAGAUGGUCCUCUUCUCUGAGGAACAUCGCUCUUGGUGUCAUUCUGGUAAAGGCUGGCUUGGAAUUAGACAGCAAGGCACUGAAGAAGCUGAAAGCUGUGUGUUUGCGUUUGUCCAUGUUCCCUCUCAUUUUUGAGGCAGCCACCAUGGCGGUGAUGUCCUAUUUAAUACUUGGUCUUCCAUGGAUCUGGGGCUUUAUUUUAGGGUUUGUUCUUGGGGCUGUUACUCCAGCUGUUGUGGUUCCAUCCAUGCUGCUUCUACAUAGGCAAGGAUACGGUUUAGAGCAGGGUAUACCUACACUUCUCAUGGCAGCGUGCAGCGUUGAUGACAUCAUUGCCAUUACCUGCUUUACCACCUGCUUGGGCAUUGCUUUCGCCACAGGCUCCGUGUGGUUAAACGUGCUGCGGGGUCCGCUGGAGGUAUUGGGUGGUGCAGUCACUGGUGUGGCAUUAGGGUUCUUUUUACAUUACUUCCCCAGCAGAGACCAGAGAAACCUCGUGUUGAAACGCUCCUUCCUGGUGUUGGGCUUGUCAGUGUUUGCUCUGUUUGGCAGUAAUGUGGCUGGGAUUCCUGGAGCAGGCGGUCUCUGUACACUGGUGCUGGCGUUUGUGGCCGGAAUAGGCUGGGGAAGAGCUAAGGCUUCAGUGGAAGCAGUAGUGGAGAGGUUUUGGCUUGUGUUUCAGCCUCUUCUCUUUGGACUCAUCGGUGCUGAGAUUGUUAUUAGUUCUUUGGAGCUCACGACUGUGUUUUUGGGUAUAGCAGCUUUGUUCAUCGGCCUCACCGUACGCCUGCUUGUCACUUUCAUUGUGGUCCUGCGAGCCGGAUUUAACCUGAAAGAGAAGAUCUUUGUCACUCUCGCCUGGAUGCCUAAAGCCACAGUACAGGCAGCUAUAGGCUCUACAGCUUUAGACAUGGCCCGUUCCAAGCAGGACCUGGAGCUGCAGAAGUACGGCAUGGACGUCCUGACUGUGGCUGUGCUGUCAAUCAUCAUCACUGCUCCUAUUGGAGCUCUGCUCAUCAGCCUGCUCGGCCCUCGACUACUGCAGAAACCAAAGAACCCUGAGUGGGCUGUCAGUCAGGGUGCGUUGUCUGCCUCAGGGACACCGGUGACGUAUGAAAGCGCGCUCUGAUAUUCCGCAAAAGAAAUCCAAACAUCCAAGACUGCUGAUCAUCCUUUAUUUGUCUUCAGAGAGGAUUGUUAAUCUCAGAAUUACUGCGAUCCUCUGAAAUCAGACUGCUAACCAUGACAGACAAGCAUUACAGGUGAAGAAAUUCCUGCUGUUUACCAGCGAAGGAUAAAAACACUCAAAUCAGUGUUGUUUUUACUGGCGACAUGUUAUUAUUUUAAAGAAUGGAACACUACAGGGAUCAUUUUUAGCACUAUCAUCAAGUACAAAAGAUGUUUUUUUAUGUGUUUUUUUUAAGUUUGUGUUAAUAGUAUUUAUGUUAUAUAUAAUAGAAAUCAGUCUGAAGUGACUGUAUAUCAGUAUUACAAAAAGGUCAUGUAGUGGUCAGACUAUGUUCAGAAUAAAUACUAGCUUAUUUCUUUCA